AUGACAACAAAACGCGAUUGGCAUCAUCAAGUUGAACAUGAACGAAUUCCAGCUAAUGAAGUUCACGAAACAAAUGAUGGAAAAACGAUUCGUGUAGAAUAUCGAGAAGAAAAUGGAAUUAUUUAUAAAACAACAAAAACUUAUCGAAAUCAAAAAUUAAAAGUUUUACCAAUUGUUGCUGAACGAAAAAAAUGGAAAAAAUUUGGAAAUGCAGCAAGUGAUCCAUCUGGUAUAAAUACAGCAACAACUAAAGUUGAUGAUGAAAUAACAAUGCAAUUUAUUUCAAAUAAAGAAGAUGAUAAACAAGAUGAAGAAAAACUUAUUAAAGAUGCUGUAUCAACAUUACGAAAAGUUCAAUGUCGUUUAUGUAAAGGUGAACAUUGGACAACAAAAUGUCCAUAUAAAGAUAAUCUUCAAUCAUUUAUGGAUCAAUCAACAGAUAAACCAAGUGAUAAUGUAACAACAGCAGUUAAUACUACAGCAUCACAAGGUCAAACUUCAUCAAUGGGAACAACUGGUGAAGCAUCAACUGGUAAAUGGGUUUCUCAAUCAGCACGUCGUGGUGGUACAGGUACUGCUUAUCCUGGUGAUCGUGGAGGAUCAUCACGUGGUGGUUCUUAUGCUGGUAGACCGAGUGAUAUGAGAAAACAAGAUGAAGCAACUGUUCGAGUAACAAAUUUACCUGAAGAAACUCAAGAACAAGAUUUACGUGAUUUAUUUACACCAUUUGGUUCUGUUAGUCGAGUAUUUUUAGCAAAAGAUAAAACAAAUAAUACAUCAAAAGGUUUUGCUUUUAUAACAUUUAAUGAAAAGAAAGAUGCACAAAAAGCAAUUGAAUGUGUUUCGGGAUUUGGUUAUGAUCAUCUUAUUUUGAAAGUUGAAUGGGCUAAUAAACCACAAAAUCAAUAA